AUGGCGUCACAAACCACCAACGAGGCGCCAAAAGGCGACGCAAUAGAGAUUCAAACAGAGUACAGAGUGGCAUCACAAAAUCAAGGUCCUCAACAACAGCUAGAAGUUAUUCGUCGGGAACUUGGGCAAACAACAUCCGAGAGAGAGUCCCUCCGAACACGUCUGGCAAUAGUACGCGAAGAUCUGAACAAGUCUACGGCAGAAACCGAAAUCCAUCAAACGCAACUUGCUGCUUUGAUGGUCAACCCUAGUGAUACAAUCACCACCUGGGAAGAUCAACAGCAAAUAAAAGAUUUGCCACAAGAGAGGGAUGCUAGUUUUUUCCGAAUCAUAGAAUUAGAAGCACGGAUACCAAGGCUCGAAAGCGGUAGCGAACCUGACCCCGAGGGUGAUUGGCCCAUAGCUGCAACGUCCCAACACGAAGCGGAUGAUUUAUAUUAUCAGAUACAUGGAGUUGGGGGAUAUCGGGAACAGGUCGAGCAUCUGCAAAGUCAACUCGAGGCAUAUGAACCUAAUGGAGAAGGAGAACAACUGGAUGAGCUAAGGAAAGAGCUGGAAGAAAUGACUUCUGAACGGAAUCUCCUUUUAAUUCAAUUAUAUUCAGAUGAGCGCAUACCCCAAAGUCCAAAUUUUCAGGCCCAAAUCCAGAGCGUUCAGCCAGUACAACAGCAAGGAGACCAGGAUCAUUCAGAGCCAAAUUUACUCCGAAAAUAUCAAGAGGAGAUAGGCCAACUACACAGUAGCCGCGGUGAAUUGUUAGACCAGUUCAUUGAUCUACAGAGGCAAUUCCUGGAUGAGCAAAAGCAAUCCGUUGAUCUGCAAGAGCAAACAAAACUCGAGAUGAUGGCAUAUAGCGACUCUAUUCAACUAUGCACCGAUGAGCGAAACAAAUUACAAGAAGAUAUCCACCAGUUUGCGACCGCUAUAACCGAAAUGGAAGCAGAAUUAAAUCGCCAAGCGGAAAAACAUGCCAAUAAGAUUGGUGAGAGAGAUAGUGCAAUUGCUGCUUUACAAUUGGAGUCCAUGACUGGGCCAAAUCGAUUUGCGCGAGAACAUGCUCAUGAGAUCAUGGAGAAAGACACCAUAAUCGCCACACUUCAGUCCGAGCUUGGGACCGAACGAGAAGGGCGGUCUCAAGAUGAGAUCAGAAAAAGAGAUGAAGCGCUUGCGACCUUGGAAUCGGAACUCAAUUCUGAACGAAUUCGGUUGAUGGACCAGAUUGAAGAUCAAGAAGUUGAUAUAAAAAAACAAAUUGGACUGAUCAAACAGCAAGUGGAUAUUUCUAAGGAUGUAAGCGAAAGGCUCCUAGUAACAACAGAUGAUCACCAAAAUGCGCUUGAAGAAGUUGAGAUGAUUAGAGAGACCUGCGAGAAGCUCAUGACGCUCAACCAACAGCUCGACGUACAACUUCGCGACAAAAAUGGCGAGAUUGUGGGCCUGAGGUCAGCGCUUCAAGUGAAAUUCAGCAACAAUCCUCCAGGGACUACUCUCCAAGAGUCAGAUAAGGAGCGGGGGCAGUUUGAGCAACAAGAGAAACACGUUCGUGAGUUGGAGAGCGAAAGUGAGCUGGGUGAGGUAGCUGCUCAACAACUCCAAGAGCUCAAGGGCCUGUAUCAGGACGUACUGGAUGAACAGGAAGAGCAGCUUGAACAACAUGAAGCAGUUGUUCGUGCAUUACGCUGUGAAAGAGAUCAGCAUAAAGCAACCGCUGCACAGCGCAACGAACUCAAGGGUCAACACGAAGCUAUCGUUCGCGAACUUGAGAGCACUGAAUCCCAACUAGCGGCUACAAGAGAGGAAUUUAACCAAUACAAAGAACGAAAGCCACAAAUUAUCAGUGAGCUUCAGCAGAGGCUUGCAACUAGCCGAGCCGAGCAACAUGAUCUACGAGAUCAGAUUGUUGCUCUUGGUGGACGUAUAGAGGGACAUCUCUUGAUAUUUGGGAAACCCUCAGGAGAUAAGAGCACAGCCACCAAGAAUUUCCAUCUGCAAAAUGGCGCUGCUCCUAUGGAGGGUAAUCAAAAUGGAGUGUAUCGUGAAGGAACUAGCCAAACAGAGGACCUUGGGGAUGUCCAACAUCUCGGAAGCAAUCCUAGAAACUUAGAGGCACUCCGUCAUCAGAUAGAAUACCUCAGAAGAACAAAUAUCCUACUCCUUCACGAAAUCGGUGCGCUUGGGUGGGUUGCUGUUAAGACAGCCACGACUCCUGUCAUUCUCGGCAAUAAUUGCGCCCACCUCACCUCCCAGCUUCAAAACCUCAAACACGUUCUCCAACACGAAGUAACAGAAUCAACACGCUUGGAUCAGGGCCAACUAGCCGAUGUUCUACAUCAUGCAAUUGAGCAGCUAAUUAACCAGCUUCGGAUACUCAGCGAACUCGUUCAACCACCUCGACUUGAAACUCCAAGUCAACCAAGUCUCGAUGCCAAUAAUAUUGAUACAGACGAAAACAUUUCCCCGAGCCAACCUCAUAUCAAUACGCCGGAGAGAUUCCCUACUAAUCGGGAGCCUCUCGGGGCUGCAGAAACAGACAUUGAAAUGCUAGGGACAGCAAAUCGACGCCUCUCCAAAAUUGAUUCUGAAAUGCCCGAUGGUCUCAGCGAUGAACCCAAUAGAGAGCAACAAGUGGGACAGAAUGCGCAACACGAACAACUACCAUUUGAAAAUAUCGAACAACCCCCUACAAACUCGAGAGCAACGCGCUCGAGCACACGGUCAACUCGGAAUCGGGAGCCGGUCUACACAUGGCCACCGACUCGAGUGCGAGGUAGUAGAGUGGGCAAGAAGAAAGCCCCUAAGAAGAAAGGUUAA